AUGCUUCUCGACGAGGAUCCCGCAACGCUCAUCCGCGCAACUGUCUCCAACUUCAACAUUGCGCCCGACAAAGCCGCCCUCUCGCGCGUCAACGACUCCUUGUCAACACUACAGCAAUCUCGCGAACUACGGAUUCGAGAUGCCGAUACGGUGCUGAGGAAACUGUCCCGCCAGCUGGCAACAUUGUCCUCUCAACAUCGCGAGGCUGUUUCAAGCCAUGACAGCGGCAGGCACGCCAGUGAGAUUGUACAGCUUGACACGAAAAAAUUCCGUGUUGCAAAACAAGCAUCCGAACUCGAAGCCGAGAGCGAAAGACUGGAGGCAGAACUGGAAAGGCUCAAGACACGCCUGGCAGAGCUGGAGGAACAAGGCGUAGAGGGAGACGAAAAUAUGCGCCGUGCGCGGGAAGCCGACGAUCCCACAAUACUGCGACUCUGGCUGUACAGAUCACUCGGCAUAAGUCUCGAGCAAGACGAGGCUGGCAACUACAACAAGGCAACCAUUGGGAACACGAAAAAGGGUGAUGUCCAUGUGGUCAACAUCGACCCCAAGUUCUCGCGCUGGUUCUACUCAGACUAUUUCUGGCAAACGAUGCAGGGCUAG